AUGAGCUCAGAUUCAGGGGAGAGCCACUCCAGCGCUCGCAAUGACCAGGAAGACGAGACAGACAUUGGACAUGGCGCAGACCACGAAUCAACCCAGCUGGAUGAUGAUGGCCGAGACGAAGCGACCCUGAACCCGAAUGGAAACGACAACUCUCAAUUCGAGCGUCAAGUCAUAGGCAGCAGCGUUGACGGCUUAACCUUUGCCAGAACUAAGAGCAUACCUCUACCGGUACCAGAUGAGCAUGAGUCGGUGUCAGAGGCAUCAUCAAGACCUAGAGUCGAGCGACCAGAGAGUCCACAAUCUGCUUCCAUUCCGGACGACACACCAUCCAUUCAGGGUUCGAGAUUGUCGUCGCCCGGCAGCAGUAUACCCGCAUCACAUGCUUCACUGCGAGCGCACCGACCGAAUUCUCUCCAGCCAUUCGAACGCCGCUUCUCAUCACGCCUCUCGCCUUCGCCACGAGCUUCACCGCGCGUCCAAUCGCCAUCCUUCUUGUCCCCAAGCUCACGCCAGUCCUCUGUAUCUAGCAACCCCGUGUUUCGACAGCUUACGGAUGGAGGCGGACUGGACAUAGACACAACGCAAGCUCCCUGGGAAGUUGUGCGAUGGACAAAGCUGAAAAGGAUCACGACACAGCUCUUCUCGGAAGUGGGCAGGCGCAACUUUGGCCGACCCACCUGUCUCAAUGUCACGGUUUCAUUGGUGAUAGGGACGUCAAAGGGCUUUAUCUUGGUCUUUGAUUAUCAGCAAACACUCAAGUCUAUUAUUGGGCCGGGCACCAAGGCCGUUGAAUGCGGCCCUAUCACCGCACUUUCAACUUCUGCCGACCAUUCUACUGUUGCUGGCGGACAUGCCACAGGUCAUAUUUUCACGUGGGAGUUGGCGAAACCAGCGAAUCCUUUCAUUCACAUACCGCCCCUAGACCGAGCGAGGCUUGACGACAAGAAGUCAGAUAGCCAUGUAUCAGGUGCUGCAAUUCUCCACAUUGGGUUCUUGGGAACUAGGCAUACGGCUCUAGUAUCAGCAGACGAUGCGGGUAUGGCCUUCUCCCAUCUGGCGACACGUGGACUGGGGGCAAUUGCGCGAACCGUGAAGACUUCUCGGAUUCUUGGAAGAUACCCGCUUUCGGCAAAGUCGAUGGAAAAACCGCGCAAAUCGAGUUCGGUACUUGCAUUUGCCCCAUUGCCUUUAGGCAAUAUAGAGCAGCCGACAGAUGACAUGGGUCUCACAGCCAUGUUGACCCCGUAUCUCCUGGUCAUCGUGUCAACAACCCCGAUCGCUCAAACUCAACAUAAAGCGCCCCGCCCAAAAGACGUUACACCCCAUGGUACUCUGAGCGGAUGCCUAGCAUGGUUUCCAGCUGUCAAACUCAAGACCCCUUUCAAUGAUACUAGAAAGUCUGUUUCAAAGACAAAACUCGCGUACUCAUGGUCCAACGUCCUGACGAUACUUGAUGUCGAGGCUACUCUCGCGCCCGCCUCGGAAAAGGAAAAGCCACCUGAACUCCAUUUCCAAGCACGCAAUCGAUGGAAAGCGGACGAAGCUAUUGUGGGCAUUCAAUGGCUCAGCCGCUCAGUCUUAGGAGUACUCACUAUCAGCCAACGGCUAGUAAUCCUUGAAGACACUAAACUACGCGUGACGGAUUCAUUCGAUCUAUUGCAAAAGCACAUAUAUCACUCAGAUCUUUUCUCACGGCAACUGAAUUCUGCCAUAGAACAACUCGACCAGAACGAUGGCUCGUUGCAUGGCGUUGUGGCCGAUGCCUUCUACAUGAGCUUUCGAGCCUAUAAGGGACGACUCUUCCUAUUAGGCUUCAACGAUCUGUCAAUUGGUACCUUGUCAAACUGGGCCGACCGAUUACUAGCAUUCAUGGAAGACGGUGAUUUCAUUUCGGCCAUUAGUCUUGCGACAUCAUACUAUAUCGGCGACACGGACAAACUGACGGUCGGACUACCUGAGGACGAUAAUGCACGACAUGCCCUUGUCCAGGAAAAGCUUAUCGAAAUGAUUACUGCAUCAAUGAAGUACACCUUCGCACGUAAUGAUGAUUGUGAUCACGAAGCUCGGGAGCAGCGGUUCAAAGAGCUAGCCGAAGUAGUCUUUGCAGCAUUGAUCGCCAUGCAAGAGCUGGAAUUUCUUUUCGAAGAUGUCUUUGACGCCUUUCAGGAAGCAUCUGCAGAGAAAGCCUUCCUUGAGACUCUGGAGCCCUACAUCCUGGCAGGAGAGAUCAUCGCCGUACCACCAAACGUACUCAAGGAGCUUAUCACCUUCUAUGCAUCAGCAAACCGCGCUAUUCAGCUUGAGGAGAUGAUCUGUCAACUAAGUACGGAUACGAUGGAUAUACACCAGGUCACUACAUUAUGCCAGCAGUACGUUCUUUAUGAUGCACUGAUUUAUGUAUGGACUCGUGCUAUUGGCGACUACAUUACGCCCCUGACCAACAUACUCGAACUCAUCAAGCUCGUGGAUCACGACGUGAAAGAACGUGAUAACAUUUAUUUGUCAUCAGCAAGAAAGAUAUUCGCGUACCUCGCAUAUACUUUUACCGGACGAAUAUAUCCUGCCGGCGUCUUAAUGGAAGAUGAGCAUGCCUUUAGUGCUAAGAAGGAUAUGUACCGCUUCUUAUUCUCAGGGAAGAAUGUUCGAUGGCCACCCGGCUCAGGCACAGUUAUCUUGACACGAAAUUAUGGAGAGACUGAACCGCCCUUUCCAUACCUACAACUUGUUCUGGACUUUGAUGCAUCGAGUUUUAUGAGCAUGUUGAAUGAAGCAUUCGAAGAUGGCUUUCUCAACGGCGAACAGGAUCUUGCAAGCGGUGAUGAUGGCAACGGCGUCCAGUAUGGCUCAACGUUCACACCAACGCGCCAGUAUAUCAUCAGCAUCCUCUUUGGCAUCAUGACGCCCGGAAACUUCGAUCCUGAAGACAUCAUUUACUUCUACAUGUUUGUUGCGCGCAAUUUGCCCAAGUACCCACAACAUAUCAUGCUUCCAGGGACCUCGUUACACAAGGUGCUCGUGGGGCUCUGCCAUUAUCCAACGGAGGCUAUUAAGGAAGACUGUCAACUCUCUGUAGAGUAUUUGCUUUCCAUCUAUCAUCCGCCCAAUCCCCAAAGCCUUGUUCCACUAUUUGAGCAUGCCAGGUUUCAUCGGGUGCUCAAGUCAGUCUACCGAGGUGCGCAGCAAUAUGCCAAGCUGCUCGAAACAUACCUGGAUGACACUGAGGACCGGAGCGCUGUGUUCGAUUGUGUUACCGAGCUCUUGCGGCCAGAAAAAGCCCUGACGAAGAAGCAGAUUAACGAGGUCACAGCCAUUAUCACUCACCGCGCGACUGAAUUCGCAGGGAUAGAUGCCGCGCGAACCGCAGCUAUGCUUAAACAAUCCUCACCCGAGCUCUUAAAUGAUGUUUUGAUGGCUCUCGAGGGCGACGCAGAUGUGCAGUACCGCUACUUGGAAGCACUGAUUGAACCCGAGCAGUCACGCCAUGUCGAUGUUGCUUCUGUGGACGAGACGCUACCAUCUCAUUUCAUGGAGCGUUAUGUCCAGCUCAUGUGUACUUACAAUAGCUCGCACGUCGCAGGUUUCGUCAGUUCACUGAAGUCAGGUGAUCUAAGACUCGAGCCAGUGCUUCCAGCUCUAGAGAAGAGCGGAGCUAUUGAUGCGGCAGUGACACUCAUGGCUCGCGAUGGCCUAGUACAAAAUGCCAUGGACCGCCUCGUCAAGCACGUUUUGACUCUGGAGACUGCUUUGAUCGGGCUAAUCACUGCGGCAACAGACACGCCCGAUGUUUCCAACUCUGAGGAGGCAAUCCUCGACUUGAUUGAUGAUAUACAAAAGUAUGUCAAGGUUGGCAUCUGGCUAUGUCAAGGACAGACCUGUGCAAUAGAGCGAGAUCCGGAGUCUCAGAUUGACCACCGAAGAUCUGCCUACGGCGGGAUUUGCGAGUCAGAUCUCGUCCUAGAUGAGGUAUUAUGGCUCGAGCUCAUCGAUACUGCAGUACGCCUCAUCCGCGAAACUUUUUGUGCUGUCGGAUCAUUCAAUGAUGCAAUCACGUCUAUCAAACCGACCAGUUCCCCCACAAUCGACACUGCACGCAUAGUUUCCACACUUCGCACUUCGGUCCAACAGGUGUUCUCCGCCCUCCUUGCAUCUACGACUACUCCUACAAAGCAAAAAGCUACUACUUCUGCCCAUCCGCACGCCACACCUAUUCUACCAGCACUUCGCCACAGGCAAAUUCAUGCCCAGUCUAACCCCUCCUUUCUCCGCAUCCUGCGCUGCUUCCUGGCCCGCGCGACACAAACAUACUCGCCCUCGCUAUCGCAUCUGCGUUCGGUCCUCACGGAAAUCUUCGCGGCGUACACCUUUGAGGAGACGAUUCUCAGUCUGACAAAUCGCUUCUUAGAUAAAGAGUCCUUCGAACACGUUGCUGAGAUCAAUGAGCUUAGGAUUUGUGGCUGGAGGCCGCGCGGCCAGGUCUGCGAAGGCUGUCGGAUGAGAGCCUGGGGGCCCGGGGCUGGGACAGGCAUAUGGGAAAGCUGGGAGAAACGCGAGGGCGAGAGGGAGAGAAGGAGGAUGGUAAAGGAAGAGAGCGAGGGUGGAAUUGGAACGAAGGGCAAAGGGAAGAGGCCUAGUGAGGCAGAGCUUGGGGUUUCCGGGUCAGGACAAGGGGAGUCUGGCAAGUUGGUGUUGUUUGGGUGUAGGCAUUUGUGGCAUAUCGGUUGUUUAGACGCAGAGGUCAAGGAUGGGGCGGCAGGUACUGGUACCGGUCAGGGCGUACCGCUAAUGACGUUGCGUUGUCGACUUUGUAUAAUUGAAGGUUCAACAUGA